GCUAGUGAGAGAGCCAUUCCAGACUUGCCAUCUCCGCCGUUUGUUGCUGACACUCUCCUCCUCUUUGCCUUCAUCUCGAUCAUCGGCACUAGUCAUGUCGGAGAAAGGAGGAAAAGGGUUCAAAUCUUCUCUCAAAUCCUCUUAUGGGUCCGGCAAGGACGAUAACGCAACCAAGUCCAAGAAGACAAGGAAAGUCCAGUUUGAUCCUCAAGGCCCGCGAGAGUCCAAGUACACGUUUCUUCAAGAGUCUGAUGACCAGAUUCAAGGUUCUUCUGCUAAAGGUGGGAAGGGAAGCAAGGGUAGGAAGAGUGCUCUGUCUAAAGAGUCUCAGCCGCUUGAGCUUAAGACUGAUAAGGGUUUAGUACAUUCUGCUACUUUCUCUACCAAGGCCCCCCCACCCUUUGUUCUGCAUGUUAAUAUAUGUGUGAUGGUGUUUGCAGAGCUUCCGGAGAAUGCAAAGUGCUUGAUGGAUUGUGAAGCUUUUGAGAUUCUGCAAGGCAUCAAGGAGCAAAUGGCUGUGCUAUCUGAAGAUCCUAGCGUAAAGCUUCCUGUGUCGUUCGACAGAGGACUGGAGUAUGUGAAGUAUGGUCGUUGCUACAUGAAUCCUCAGUCUGUCAGACAGAUCCUUGAGCCUCUGAAAAAGCAUGGUGUUUCUGAAAGCGAGAUGUGUGUGAUUGCCAAUGUCUGUCCAGAAAGCAUUGAUGAAGUCUUUGCUUUUCUUCCAUCCAUGAAGGGAAGAAAAGACAAGAUCACUGAGCCCUUAGAAGAGGCAUUGAUGAAGCUCUCCAAGCUCAAAAGAUCUGCUUAAUGAAGGUUACCAAGCUGUUUAGCAUAGUAGUAACUUAAGGAUGUUUAAGUUGGGCUUGGGUUUUUUCUUUUGGCAUGAUAAUGAAUUUACUACGCAAGGGUCGGGUGUUGUAAAUGAUCUAAUGAUGUACAACAACAUUUGAUGUAAGUUUUAAUCGUUUCCUUACAAUGCUAUGGAAUGUUCUUAAA